ACCCGUGGUGGCGUGACGCGAAACUUGCGUCCGGAGCGUUAGGAACGGUGUGUGCGGAAGAAGAACGUAUAUAGGAUUUCGAACACCCCCCGCCCCCCAGCCAUUAGUCCGAAAAAAGGCUUGUGUUGCAGUCUUUUGCACUGCAGAAGGGAUUUUGCUGCAAUGCAAGUGGUACGUGGUCCUCCUGCCUGUUGAACUGGACACUGAUCAUCUCGGGAGUGUUUUUUUUUCUUUUUUUUUCACGCGGAAACUCUUGGGAUGUGACACGAUGCCUUCUCGCCUCUCCUGAAGGAUUGCAGUUCGGCAUCAUGAAGCCCACCUGACAAGCUGCCCUGGCUACACCAAGAAGUAAAUACGCUGAGACGGAGCCAAAUGCGCGCGCAGUCCAUUAACGCGCCGCAAUUAUUUGUAUCCUUUUAUUCGCCGGACUGGCAGCGAUGCGGGUGACAGCAGCUGAUAUGAUCCCAGGGAAAUACGAUUUGGUGCAGCGACCCAAAGGAUGACGCUGCCUGCCUCCUCUUGACUUUUAGGAUGGACAGCGAGGGGAACGCAGCCGAGCGCCACUUUUUCUCCAGCGAGCACUUAAUUACAUCCUUUCAAUCAGUUAAGAGGCGUCUUUGCUAUCGAUCACUGGAUCAUUGGAUGCGGUAUAAUGCGCAAAUGUGCUUUUGAGUGAUGGCAAACUCCUGCUUUUGACUGAAUGCUUCGGGAAAAGGAAAAGAUUUUCUGAGGUGGACACCUUAAAUGGGUACUUUACUUAAGAAUCUGAGGAAGCGGCGCACUUUUCGUCUUUUUUGCGCCCUGACGUCGGGGUAAGAGUGGGCCAGUCUGAAAAGCCACGAGUCUCAUUAAACUGCUUCUUUUCCUGCGUUUUCGGCCAUGUGGGGUCGGUUGUACAUGUGAAUGAAAGGCUGGAGGGGUUCAUGCCGUGGAGGGGGGGGGGGUACGAAGAGAGUUUCUCCUAGGGGCUUCGUGAAGCGCUCGGCUCGUGGCGAGAGCUGAACGGAUGCCGCUCGUCGCGCCCGUGCGAAGCCGCGGCCGCUGUCCGUGCGAGUCGCGGUGCUGAAAUCUGGAUGAUGCCCGGCCAGCGGACGCACGGCUGCCGCUCCUUGCACAUCAACGAGGACAACGGCCGCUUCCUGCUGCUCGCCCUGCUCAUCGUGCUCUACCUGCUGUGCGGUGCUGCCGUGUUCUCCGCCAUCGAGAGACCCUCGGAGCUGCGAGCCCAUGGCCGCUGGAACCGGACGCUCUUCAACUUCAGCGAGACGUUCAACAUCAGUCUGCAGGAUCUCAACUCGUUCCUGCGGGAGUACGAAACGGCCAUCGCCGCAGGGAUCCGAGCCGAUUCCAUUAGACCGCGAUGGGACUUCACCGGGGCGUUCUACUUUGUCGGGACUGUGGUGUCAACUAUUGGCUUCGGCAUGACCACUCCUGUCACGGUGGCGGGCAAGGUGUUCCUUAUCUUCUACGGGCUGCUGGGUUGCGCUGCCACGAUUUUGUUCUUUAACCUGUUCCUGGAGCGCAUCAUCACCCUGCUGGCGGUGGUGAUGAAAGCAGUACGUGAGCGGCGGCUGCGCCAUAGCGGCCUCCUGCCCCCGGGCCUGCGCCGCGACUUCGCCGAAGGGUACCUGCCAGGCUGGAAGCCCUCCGUCUACCAUGUGAUGCUCAUUCUGGGCCUAGGUGCUGUUGUCCUCUCCUGCGGAGCAUCAGCCAUGUACACCCCUGUAGAGGGUUGGGCCUAUCUGGACUCGCUCUACUAUUGCUUUGUCACUUUUAGCACCAUUGGCUUUGGGGACCUGGUGAGCAGCCAGCGUGCGGCCUAUGCACACCAGGGCCUAUACAGGCUGGCCAACUUCCUCUUCAUCUUGUCUGGUGUCUGCUGCAUCUACUCACUCUUUAAUGUCAUUUCCAUCGUCAUCAAGCAGGUUCUGAACUGGAUGUUGCGCCGAAUGGGCUGCCUCUGCUGUCAACGCUGUGGCAAAAAUGGCGGUGCUUUCCUGGGCCGCCGCAAUGCCAUUCGACCAGGAUCACGUGUCCGUCGCGGCCGCUUUGCACGGCCACCUGACUCGGAGGGUCCUUGUGACAGCGAAACCGAGGGCCGUCGCCUCUCCGGAGAAAUGAUCUCCAUGCGUGACCUCACUGCUUCGAACAGGGUGUCAUUGGCCAUCAUGCAGAAGCAGCUCUCCGAAUCGGCCAACGGCUUCCCCAGGACCGUGUGUGGGAGCUCUCGACAGAACGGCUUCUCCGGGGGCGUCGGUGCCCUCGGUAUCAUGAACAACAGGCUGGCUGAGACCAGCGACACCAGGGCUUGACUGGACGCCUCGUGCAGGCUGUGGAGCCGAGGAGUGGACUCGGACACAGAGAGGGAGAGACAGAUUGACCACCUUUUUUUGGAUGACCUUGGCAUUUUUUUUUUUUUUUCUUUUUGGGUGCGUGGAGUUUCAAAGCGGGCAACUGAGAGGAAGGAGUAGACGCAGGAGCACGAGAGAACAAGGAGCACAGAUGGAGGAGCGCUACGGAAGACUAAGGGAAAGAGGAGGGGGGGUCCUGCGGCAAGAGCCAGGCAGCGAAGGCAAACGAUGAGCAGUCAGUGCAUGUGAGUAGAGAGGGCAGCUCACUGCAGGAUAGGGCAGCUGCUGGAGGAGGCCAAAUCGACUCCCAUUAACACAGAGGUCUCCCCAUCCUCCAUGGCUCUCAUCAUCAGCAUCUAUCUCCCCCAUCCUCCCGCACAUUCAGGCUCUCCUGCUGUUCAUUAUCUGGCACAAACCACUAUGCUGCGCCUGCAUAUCCCAACCUCUUCUGCAGUGCUCACUGCUACCAAGUCCAAGCUGUGUAUAUAUACCCUGUUAGUGUAUAUAGAAAUUAAGCAUCUAU